AUGGUAGGCGCGCUGGGCCUGGUGGCGUUAAAGAACCUCGCGGAGGAAGGCUUCGAUGUGACGGGGUUUGAGAGGAACGGAUAUGUGGGCGGCUUAUGGCAAUAUACCCAGGAAGACAAAACCUCCGUGAUGCGGGAAACGGUAACCAAUAUCUCGAAAGAACGGGGUUGCUUUACUGAUUUCGAAUUUCCAGCUGAUGUGCCGACGCAUCCUUCCGCAGCGCAGGUGCAGCAGUAUCUUCUGGAGUACACUAAGCAAUUCAACCUCGAGCCUCGCACCCGGCUAAACACUAACGUUCGACGCGUGACCUUCGACGAGAAGAGGCACAAGUGGGCCCUAGAUAUUGAAGACCGACCUACGGAGUACUUCGACAAAGUCGUCGUCUCAGUUGGCGCCAAUAAUGUUCCUAACAUUCCUACCAUUGAAGGGAUGCAUAAGUUUGAGGGUGAAUGCAUCCAUUCACGUGCUUUUAAAAGUAGGCCGGAAGAUCUCAGAGAUAAGCGCGUAAUGGUCGUCGGAUUCGCGAACACGGCUGCGGAUACAGCAACCCAGCUAGUCGGUCAUGCCUCAAAGAUAUAUCUUUCGCACACACAUGGCAACUAUAUCAUCCCUCGCGUGAUCGACGGCCGCUCCGGGGACCACUCACUCAGCUACCGUCUCGUUAAUGUGCACAACUUCAUGACCUGCUACUUCCCGAACCUAGCGGAGAAGAUGUUCAACGCCUUUGUGAAGAAGCUGCAGAACAAGUGCUUCACCAUACGGCCGGAAUGGGGCUUCGAACCCGCACCCAGCUUGAAGCAAUCCAUCCCCAUCGUCUCCGAUGACCUAGUCUCCUGCCUGGAAAACAGCAGCGUGGAAUCCGUACAAGGCAUCAAACGUAUCCUCGCCGGGAAAAAAGUCGAACUGGAGAACGGAGAGCUCGUUGAAGUAGGCACCAUCGUCCUCUGUACCGGAUACAAGUCCGACUUCAGCAUCGUGGACCCCGAGUACGACCCCACACGCUGCACCACCAAGGCGUGGGCCGCCGCCGCCGGCUCAAACGGAAAGCCGCUGCCGCGCCUCUACCAAAACAUGCUCAGUCUGCAGAAGCCGGAGAGUCUUGCCUUCCUGGGCAGCGUCGCCUUCACCUUUCCAGCCUUCCAAAUCUACGACAUGGGCACCAUGGCUCUCGCCCAGAUCUGGAAAGGCGCGGCGUCGCUCCCGCCACGAGAAGAGAUGGAGAAGGCGGUAGACGAGCACCACGAGUGGGUGUGCAGCCUUGCGAGGAACGGGAGUGUGUAUCCUGGCAUUGCGAAGCCGGGACCGUGGAUGCGCUGGGCGAAUGAGGCUGCGGGGACGGGCGCCAAUGAGUAUCUGGGCUAUGGGUGGAAAGGGUGGAUGUUCUGGCUGAGAGAUCGCAGGUUUUGUAAUUUGCUGAUGGGUGGGGUUUAUAGCCCGCACUUGUUUCGGUUGUUCGAGGGGAAGAGGAAGAAGUGGGAUGGUGCGAGGGAGGCUAUUGUGAGGGCGAAUGAGGGGCCGUACAAGGAGAAGGAUAAGGAUGUUUAG